AUGGACUCUGACAUACUCGAAGCCGUGUUUGCCCAACCUCCUCCGGAUCUACCCCGGACCACAAGCACCUCACCCAUUGAGUCGCCAAUGCCGUCGCCUCCGGUGGUGGGCAGUCUGCGUGAUGGCGUGGAUAACCCACCUCGGUCCCUUAUUCUUAACGCCUCUGGUGAUUCGCAUACAGAUGUCCACCAUUGCGAAGGCUCGGAAUACGGGACAAUCACAUUACGCGGUAUCAACGUAUAUGAGCCUAGGCGACGGGACCAAGUGUGGAAGAAGGUCAAGAAGACAUUCAAAUCGAAGUCGGCGUGCGAGGACAAGCACGAGAGGUGCGGCCACUUCCCCGAGGGAUGGAGGCUGGAGGUUGUUCGCGAGCGCCCGAAGAAGAAGACAUGGAAGAAGAUCCUGACUAUGGGCUGCUGCUGCUAA